AGUGGACACGGGUUCCCCCCUAGAGCUGAAGAUGGCAGUGAAUGUGUACUUGACAUCAGUCACCAAUGAUACUCAAAGUCAAAAUGACAUGCUGGCUUGGAUCAAUGAAUCUCUGCAGUUGAAUCUGACAAAGAUAGAACAGUUGUGUUCAGAGUCUGCAUACUGUCAGUUUAUGGACAUGCUCUUCCCUGGCUCCAUUGCUUUGAAGAAAGUGAAAUUCCAAGCUAAGCUAGAACAUGAGUACAUCCAGAACUUCAAAACACUCCAAGCAGGUUUCAAGAGGAAGGGUGUUGACAAAAUAAUUCCUGUGGAUAAAUUAGUAAAAGGAAACUUUCAGGACAAUUUUGAAUUUGUUCAGUGGUUCAAGAAGUUUUUUGAUGCAAAUUAUGAUGGAAAAGAAUAUGACCCUGUAGCUGCCAGACAAGGUCAAGAAACUGCAGUGGCUCCUUCUCUUGUUGCUCCAGCUCGGAGUAAACCAAAGAGACCUCUCAGCUCUGGCAGUGCAGCUCCCCAGAGACCCAUUGCAACAUAGAGAACUACUGUAGCUCCUAAGGCUGGUCCAGGGAUGGUGCGAAAGAAUCCUGGUGUGGGCAAUGGAGAUGACGAAGUGGCUGAAUUGAUGCAGCAGGUCAAAGUAUUGAAGCUUACUGUUGAAGACUUGGAGAAAGAGAGAGACUUAUACUUUGGAAAGCUAAGAAACAUUGAAUUGAUUUGCCAAGAGAAUGAAGGGGGAAAUGAUCCUGUACUGCAGAGGAUUGCGUGUGCCACCAACGCCCGGCUCGUAGAUAUUCUUUAUGCCGCAGAUGAAGGCUUUGUGAUACCUGAUGAAGGGGGCCCACAGGAGGAACAAGAAGAGUAUUAAGCAGCCUGGACCCGCAGAGCAACAUCUGAAUUCUUCACUCCAAAUCAUGUGCUUAACUGUUAAAUAGUCCCUUUUAUUAUUCUUAGAGGAUUCACUGGUUUCUUUUCAUAAGCAAAAAGUACCUCUUCUUCAAAGUGCACUUUGCAGAAGUCUCUUUCUGGUGAGUUUGAGUUAGAAGCUGUUGCCUUGUAGCAGAGCAGUAUUUACAUCUAGUUGGUUCGCCAGGGGAACAGAGAGACCAACCAUGGGGCCCUUCAUGUGGAUGCUGGUCACACUGACUGAUGGAGAAGGGGGUUUUGUAACACAUUGAGGUGACAACCUCAGAGAAAUGUAAAGACUGAAAUGAAUUUUAAGCUAAUGUGAAAUUCUGGCAGAGAACGUUUUAAUAAAUAAAUGCCUUAAGAGUAUUUAAAA